UCGGAGGCAAAGAAGCGGAUAAAUAGAGAGUCCUCAGCUAAGAACGAGGAGAACUUCUCCGGGCAGAGAGCCGGUCAGCACCGCGGACAGAGGCACCCAGCAACCGCACCAUUGACCUUCCUGCUUCGCUUGCGCCCGCCGGUUGCCCGAAACUCGCGCCAUGACCGCGGAGGCUUACCUGCAAGAAGCGACGGUCUCGGCAAGCCAGUUUUUCGCGAUCUGGCGCCAUUACGACGCUGAUGGCAAUGGAUACAUGGAUGGAAAAGAACUGCAGGGUUUUAUCCAAGAACUGCAGCAGGCACGACAGAAAGCUGGCUUGGGCUUAACCCCAGAAAUGAAAACUUUUGUGGACCACUUUUCAAAGAGUUCUGAUGGAAAAAUAGGAAUUGUAGAGCUUGCUCAGAUACUGCCAACAGAAGAAAACUUCCUAUUAUUUUUUAGAUGCCAACAGCUGAAAUCUAGUGAAGAUUUCAUGCAGACGUGGCGAAAAUAUGAUAGUGACCAUAGUGGAUAUAUUGAUGCUGAAGAGCUUAAGAACUUUUUGAAAGAUUUACUACAGAAAGCAAACAAACAGAUUGAUGAUUCAAAACUAUCAGAAUACACAGAUAUUAUGCUGAAGAUGUUUGAUGAAAACAAUGAUGGAAAGCUGGAACUGACAGAACUGGCCCGGUUACUGCCAGUCCAGGAAAACUUUCUCCUUAAAUUUCAGGGUGUUAAAAUGUGUGGAAAGGAAUUUAAUAAAGUUUUCGAUACAUUUGAUUCAGAUGGGAAUGGCUACAUAGAUGAACAGGAAUUAGAUGCUUUGCUAAAAGAUCUCUGUGAAAAGAAUAAAAAGGAAUUAGAUAUCAAUAACCUUGCAACCUACAAGAAGAACAUUAUGGCUUUGUCUGAUGGAGGAAAACUUUACAGAACAGAACUUGGUCUCAUCCUCUGCGCCGGGGAAAAUUAGAAUCUAUCCUCAUUUCCACUCCAACUAGUAAUAUAUUGUAUCUUAAAAAACAAAAGGGGAAAUUAACUGUGCAUUAUAAGAGAGUAGGCUUUAUUUCUUUUAUACUUUGUAAAUUUAAAAUUGCAUAUAGAUAAUUAGCCAGGUUAUGUGGCACAUUCUUUUCAGCUUGUUUCUACUAUGUUCGUAAUGUACAGCUUUUGUAACUAAAGAGGAUGUCUUAAUUACCUGGACCAGUCUAUCAAUACAUUUACCAAUAAACAUGGCUUGGUUUUUGUGAGAGACAGGAGAAGAUUUUUAGAGCACAGCUGAGAUUGGUAUUGGCUCUAUCUCCAUUAAGCAAAUAGAUUUUCGACAAUGUCAGAAAGAAACACACAUUUAAAAUCAGUUUAGGAUGAUGGAUUUCUUUUUUUAUUUCCUUUCUUGUAAAGGAAUGUAGUACAUGGAUAGGAGGGAGGCUGUUGGGACCCACCAGAAUCUUUUGGUGGUGUCAUCUUAUAGAAAGUGAUGGUUAGCCUUUUUGUCAAGUGUAUUGUAAGUCAAUCAAUCCAAAAAGACUACCGGUAGUUACCUUUUUCUAGGAGAUAUCCUAUAUCUAAAUAUGUCUGAAACCACUGAGAAAUAUUUAAGAAGUUCAUUAUUUGCAAACCAGUUUCAGGUGAGAAAGGAUCUGGGCAAAGAAACAUCAGCAGUGCUUUAGAUUACUUUGAUCAGGUCAACUUCCAACAUGUUAUAAAUAUCCUGCUCUCUAGCUUCUUUAAAUUCACUACCAAGGUCAACAGAGUCUCUGGAUGUGAAGGUGCUGAACUUCCUGAUGAGUUUUUAAGCUUCCUUGUUGCCUGGCAAGAACAACAUUGUAUUUUUACUGGACAAAUGGCAUAUUUCUAAUCAGUUAAAAAUUAAUACAUAAAAUUGCCUCAUAUUUUUACUUUCAAUCUUUAGCAUUUGUAAACGCUGUUAUAUCAGAGAAUGUCAGUCCAUUUUUCUAAAACUAUUUCCACAUUUUGCAUAAUAUAACUCUUGCAAACUGCUGUUUUUACAUCAUUCUGUGUAAUCUAUAAUUAAAUUGAAUAUGCUAAUAUACUGGUA